UUUUUGGUUGUUGUUAAUUUUUGGUGUUCCUAUGCCCAAAGUUUUUGAGAAAGUGAAAUCGAUUAUUUUGGUGGUUCCAGAAGGCACCCACAAUUUUCCCUUUGUUUGCAUAAGAGUCGUGUCAGAGGCGAAAGACCUAGUACACAGCUAAAUCUAACACAGAGUUGAACAGGGUUACUGCUAGAAACGUUUUUUGAACUGUUCAAUUUUUAACUUUUUGCAUGAAGCAAUGAAGAAUUUUUAUAUAAACACAAGAAUUGGGCACAGCCAUUUGACUUGUGUUGGAAGCCACAAGGUGGCGCUGCAGACUAAAGAGAUGGAAGAACAAAAUUGACCAGAAGGCUACGGAAGUCCUUGACAAAAAGGAAACGUUGAGACAGAUGGGCUGAGAAGAAGAGCUGUCGAGCCCCUGACCGGGAAACGAAAAAUUAAAAACCCUAGAUCUCUGGUACACAUAAGUCUGGGUUUGCGAUUGCUAUUUGUGCUGGGACAGUGUGAUUGAGACUGACAUUGAGGAAAGAAGCAGCUAUGAAGACCAGGGGGUUCAGCUUCCCAAGACAAAGGCAAGUCCUGUUUCUUUUUCUUUUUUGGGGAGUGUCCUUGGCAGGUUCCGGGUUUGGACGUUAUUCUGUGACUGAGGAAACAGAGAGAGGAUCCUUUGUGGUCAAUCUGGCAAAGGAUCUGGGACUAGCAGAGGGGGAGCUGGCUGCAAGGGGAACCAGGGUGGUUUCUGAUGAUAACAAACAAUACCUGCUCCUGGAUUCACAUACUGGGAAUUUGCUCACAAAUGAGAAACUGGACCGAGAGAAGCUGUGUGGCCCUAAAGAGCCCUGUAUGUUGUAUUUCCAAAUUUUAAUGGAUGAUCCCUUUCAGAUUUACCGGGCUGAGCUGAGAGUCAGGGAUAUAAAUGAUCACUCGCCAGUGUUUCGGGACAAAGAGAUGGUCUUAAAAAUAUCAGAAAAUACAGCUGAAGGGACAGCAUUUCGACUAGAAAGAGCACAGGAUCCAGAUGGAGGACUUAACGGUAUCCAAAACUACACAAUCAGCCCCAACUCUUUUUUCCAUAUUAAUAUUAGUGGCAGUGAUGAAGGCACGAUAUAUCCAGAGCUAGUGUUGGACAAAGCACUAGAUCGGGAGGAGCAGGGAGAGCUCAGCUUAACCCUCACAGCGCUGGAUGGUGGGUCUCCACCCAGAUCUGGGACCUCCACUGUACGCAUUGUGGUCUUGGACGUCAAUGACAAUGCCCCACAAUUUGCCAAGGCUGUGUAUGAGACCCAGGCUCCAGAAAACAGUCCAGUAGGGUCCCUUAUUGUUAAAGUGUCUGCAGGAGAUGUAGACUCAGGAGUCAAUGCAGAAGUAUUCUAUUCAUUUUUUGAUGCUUCUGAAGAUAUUUUAACAACCUUUCAAAUCAAUCCUUUUUCUGGGGAAAUCUUUCUCAGAGAAUUGCUUGAUUAUGAGUUAGUAAAUUCUUACAAAAUAAAUAUACAGGCAAUGGACGGUGGAGGCCUUUCUGCAAGAUGUACAGUUUUGAUUAAAGUAUUAGAUACCAAUGACAAUCCUCCUGAACUGAUCAUAUCAUCACUUUCCAACUCUGUUGCCGAAAACUCUCCUGGGAUAGUAUUGGCUGUUUUUAAGAUUAAAGACAGAGACUCUGGAGACAAUGGAAAGACAAUUUGCUAUGUUCAAGAUAAUCUGCCUUUUUUUCUGAAACCGUCUGUUGACAAUUUUUACAUCCUAAUGACUGAAGGUGCACUGGACAGAGAGAGCAAAGCUGAGUACAACAUCACCAUCACCGUCACUGAUUUGGGGACACCCAGGCUGAAAACCGAGCACAGCAUAACCCUGCAGGUCUCCGACGUCAAUGACAACGCCCCCGCCUUCACCCAAACCUCCUACACCCUGUUCCUCCGUGAGAACAACAGCCCCGCCCUGCACAUCGGCAGUGUCAGCGCCACAGACAGAGACUCAGGCACCAACGCCCAGAUCACCUACUCGCUGCUGCCGUCCCAAGACCUGCAUCUGCCCCUCGCCUCCCUGGUCUCCAUCAACGCGGACAACGGCCACCUGUUUGCCCUCAGGUCUUUGGACUACGAGGCCCUGCAGGCGUUCGAGUUCCGCGUGGGCGCCACAGACCGCGGCUCCCCGGCGCUGAGCAGCGAGGCGCUGGUGCGCGUGCUGGUGCUGGACGCCAACGACAACUCGCCCUUCGUGCUGUACCCGCUGCAGAACGGCUCCGCGCCCUGCACCGAGCUGGUGCCCCGGGCGGCCGAGCCGGGCUACCUGGUGACCAAGGUGGUGGCGGUGGACGGCGACUCGGGCCAGAACGCCUGGCUGUCGUACCAGCUGCUCAAGGCCACGGAGCCCGGGCUGUUCGGCGUGUGGGCGCACAAUGGCGAGGUGCGCACCGCCAGGCUGCUGAGCGAGCGUGACGUGGCCAAGCACAGGCUGGUGGUGCUGGUCAAGGACAAUGGCGAGCCUCCGCGCUCGGCCACCGCCACGCUGCACGUGCUCCUGGUGGACGGCUUCUCCCAGCCCUACCUGCCUCUCCCGGAGGCGGCCCCGGCCCAGGCCCAGGCCGACUCGCUCACCGUCUACCUGGUGGUGGCGUUGGCCUCGGUGUCGUCGCUCUUCCUCCUCUCGGUGCUCCUGUUCGUGGCGGUGCGGCUGUGCAGGAGGAGCAGGGCGGCCUCUGUGGGUCGCUGCUCGGUGCCCGAGGGUCCUUUUCCAGGGCAUCUAGUGGACGUGAGCGGCACCGGGACCCUGUUUCAGAGCUACCAGUACGAGGUGUGUCUGACUGGAGGUUCAGAGACCGGCGAGUUCAAGUUCUUGAAGCCAAUUACCCCCCACCUCCCUCCCCAAAGCGGUGGGAAAGAAAUAGAGGAAAAUUCUACUCUCCGCAAUAGCUUUGGAUUUAAUUAUUGAAAGGAACCCAUUUAAUAAAGACAUUUACUUCUUUAAUA